GAAAUGAAAACGGAACCAAAAGGAAAGAAUUUUAAGGAGUAGAGAAAAGGCGCAAAGUGGCCGACUCCGACUCGCCGCUCCCACAUUUACGCAACGCAACGCCUCAUUGAACAAAGAAAGCGGCGGUGGUUUAGGGUUUUAGUAGAGCAAAAACAUAGAAAAGAAGGAAGUAGGUAGGCAUGGUGAAGCUCACGGCCGACUUGAUUUGGAAGUGUCCUCACUUCUUCAAUGCCCUCAAAGAGCGAGAAUUGGAUCUUCGAGGUAACAAAAUUGCUGUAAUCGAAAACUUGGGUGCUACCGAGGACCAAUUCGAUACCAUAGAUUUAUCUGACAAUGAGAUUGUGAAGCUGGACAACUUCCCUUAUCUUAAACGCUUGGGUACUUUACUUAUAAACAACAACCGAGUUACUCGUAUCAAUCCCAAUAUUGGGGAGUUCUUGCCAAAUUUACAUACUUUGGUUCUCACAAAUAACCGGCUGGUGAACUUAGUGGAGAUUGACCCUCUUUCAUCACUCCCUAAGCUGCAAUUCCUUAGCCUGUUGGAUAACAAUAUUACAAAAAAACCUAAUUAUAGGUUAUAUGUGAUUCACAAACUCAAAUCACUUCGUGUUCUGGAUUUCAAGAAAGUCAAAGCUAAGGAGAGACUAGAAGCUGAAAAUCUCUUUGCAUCUAAAGAAGCAGAAGAGGAAAUAAAGAAAGAAUCUAAAAAGACAGUUGCACCAAAAGAGGUACCAAAUGUUUCAGAAGUUGCGGAGGAAGAACAGAUGCCAAAAGUGGUUGCCCCGACACCUGAGCAAAUUCUAGCUAUCAAGGCGGCUAUUGUGAAUUCUCAGACUUUGGAAGAGGUUGCAAGACUUGAAAAGGCAUUGCAGACAGGUCAACUUCCUGCAGAUUUGAAGAUUCCUGGUGAUGAUACCAAUGCCGCUAAAGGCGGAGAUGAAAAAAAGGUUUCUGAUAUUCAAAAUGAGUCUAAUCUUGAACCAGAUAAUAUGGAUGAAGACAAGAAUGAAGAACCUGCACCCAUGGAACAGGAAUAGACUCAAUAGCAGCCAAUCAGUUGAGUGCAUUGUUGAAUGGCAACAAAGGAUUUGGGUAUCGAUUUUCGUAGUCUUAAGGAUAGUACUCAGCUCUAUUUUGUUUGGAUAUUGAGAUAUGGAUUAUAGCUCCUUUGUUGUGCUAAUGGUUUUGACAUGGUUGUGAAUGCAUCUGGCGUGGAUUUUAUUAA